UUUUUUUUUUUCUUUGGUUGGGGCUUAGUGUUUGUACUCCGUGAGGCGUCGGAGUAAAAAUGCGUAGUACGGCACGGAAUGGAAUAUAAGGUAUAGAGGGAAUUGUCACAAUUUGGAGGGUAUAUAUAGACCGGGCAGGAUCUUUUCUUGCAUUUUAUUCAUUCGAUCAUCAGUCACUGGUUACUUUCACUUGAACAAACAAUAUCAAGUCAUUGUGUAUUGGAAUUCCUGCUAUAUCUACUCCACCGAGUCUCCUUCCGAACUAUACAAACCAAGCCGAAACCAAAGAACAACCACCACCAUUCCUCUACAUAAACCAAUCCUCCCCAAAGUCUCCUGCCCAAAAGAAACAAUGGCCUUCAAAUCCGCCAAGUCAACCACCACCGUCUCGGACGACGCGGCAUCAACCCGCUCCUACCUUUCCACAACAUCAACCCUAAAGGGCACCGACGCCGAACCCACCAAGAAGAAAUGGCUCUCCCUGAAGAAGACAGAGAAGAUGGAUACCUCCAGGCCGAAGCACACUGAAAGGUCCAAGAAAACGCUACACUAUGAGGCCAUGGCUACUUACCUUGCGUAUCGGUGAAGCUGCAAGGUGAUAUAUCAUCUGCGUCGGAUCAAGUGGACUAUCGAAGGGAUCUAAUGCUGGGGAUACAUGACAACUCAAUUGAUGACGUACCACACCCAAUCUGCCUGGUGCAUCUUGGGGCUUUUGCUUCGUUUUGUUCUUUUGUUGGGAAAAUUGGCGUUUGGGAUGGAAUAUUAGAUUGCAUGAUGCGCUGCGCCUACGAUUCUGAGCGCUUUGUUUGAGAUCAAGUUUUUUGUUCCUGAUGUUUGGUUAAUAUUAUGUAUUGGGAUGUGGUGGUCGGUCUCUCUGCAGAGGGCCGAGUGCUUAAUGGGUUUUACUUGUUAUUUAAUGAUUGGGGAACUAAAUCAUUCUAUGCAUCUAAAUGGAAGACGAGCAUACCUUGGCAGCCAUGCAGUACCUCGGCUUCAAG